AUGAAAUUUACAGGAUCUCCAAUCAAAUUAAAGGUGUCCCAGGGUCAACCCGUGAAACUAAAUUGCAGCCUGGAGGGAAUGGAAGAUCCCGAGAUGUUGUGGAUCAAGGAUGGAGCAGUGGUGCAAAGCGUAGACCAGGUGUACAUUCCAGUAGAUGAAGAACACUGGAUCGGCUUCCUCAGCUUGAAAUCCGUCGAGCGGACAGAUUCUGGGAAGUACUGGUGCCAGGUUGAGAACGGGGGGAAGAAGGAAGAAUCACAGCAAGUGUGGCUCAUAGUGGAAGGUGUGCCCUACUUUACUGUGGAGCCUGAGGAUGUGUCCGUAUCCCCUAAUGCCCCAUUUCAUAUGGCCUGUGCUGCUGUUGGUCCCCCUGAACCAGUGACAAUUGUAUGGUGGAUGGGAGACUCUAGAGUGGGGCUUCCAGACAUCUCCCCCUCCAUCUUAAACGUGUCAGGUAUUAAUCAAAGCACAGUUUUCUCCUGCGAAGCUCACAACGUAAAGGGACUGUCUUCAUCUCGGACAGCCACUGUUCAAAUUAAAGCCAUGCCCCUCCCGCCUCUCAAUGUAACUGUAAGCCAAGUGACAAGCAGCAAUGCCAGCGUGCUCUGGGUGCCAGGAUUUGAUGGCCACUCACCCCUCCAUUCUUGCACUCUUCAGGUAGCUGAGUCACCAGAAGGCCAGGAGAUCUCCACUGAAGUCACCCCAGUGCCACCCUUUGCCUAUGGCCUGCAAGGCUUGAAGCAUUCCACCAACUACAGUGUCCGUGUGCAGUGCAGCAAUGAGAUGGGCAGCUCCCCUUUCUCUGACAGGGUUUACUUCCAGACCCUGGAGCUUGCUCCAAGCAGCACCCCACAAAAUAUCCAUGUUAUCCAAAGAGAUCCUGGUUUGGUUUUGGAGUGGGAUGAUGUGGCCCCAGAUGUGCUGAAAGAAAAUGUCCUGGGAUACAGGCUGGAGUGGAUCCAGGAUAAUGUGACGCAG